UUCAUACAAAAAGAUAAAUGUACAAUAUGAUUAGUACCUAUAACUACUAUAAUUGUUAUUUAGUGGGUUGUUGGUUAUUUUAAUGAUGAAAACAAGUAUUCUGUCAUCCCAUAUAAUUGGCUCAUUGAAUGUGGUUCAAUGUGGAUAUCGAGAUGGCCAAAAACUGGCAAUGUUACAACCAUGAUAACUGAAUAUGCUGACACAGAAAACAAUUGGCCAACGUAUCCUGUAAAGAUAGUGUCACAGUUUUACAACACGUAUGACGAUGCUGCUGUAAAGGAAAAAGAAAUAUUUCUAUCAGCUUCAGCCUCGGAGUCUGAAUGUGGUGGAAGUUACAGGCCACUUAAAAAGCAAAAAACUACUAAUAAUACUCAAUAUGAAAGUGACAGCACAAGCAGCAGUACUUCUUUAACUCCAAUAAAAAUAAAAACACCUGAAAAAAAAAAUAGUAACAAUCUCUUUGCAAACUUGAAUGUAAGGUCUUCUAAAAGUCCAGAAAAUUUCAUUCAAACCAUAUCUAGUGCUAUAAGUGGCUGUUAUGACCUGCAAGAAGAACAAAGUACCGAAUUUAUGCCACUGCAGGAAUCGGAGAAUGAUUGUGUAUUGUCAUUUGAUCAAAUUCCCAAUGAACUCAAAAAUCAGAUGGGUAUUUUGAUAGAAAAAAUUUCAACAACUCUGACCUAUGUGAAAAGAAUUGAUGCACGGUUAGACUUGUUGGAAUCAAAAUUUAAUUCUGAGUCCUUAUUAGGAACGACAGAAAAUGAUUUUUUCAGCUCAAUACCUAUAAAAACUGUAGAAGGUCUUGAAGAAAUAGAGGUUAAAAUUAAAACAAAUGUCGAUUUUGAAAAAAAAGUGGUUACUUGUGUGAUUCAAAUUGGGGGAUUGAAUGUACACAAUUUUAUUAAAAGAGUCUUAGCCAGAUUUUUUACAAAUGAAUUAGCAACCAAGUAUUCGUGGUCAGGUUAUAGGAACAACAACAAGUUGGAAACCUUAGAAAUUAUAAAAAUUAUAAAAGGUGUGUGCAUGAAGACAUUUAACGGAACAGACAUUGAUUUUGAAACUCACACAAAGAAUUGGUUUAGGCAUGCUAGCUUGCGUCUAUCUCGUGAAAAAAAAUGAUUUAGUUUUUUUAUACUUUAUUAUCUAAUAUAUGCUUUUUUUAUAAUUAUUUU